AAUUUCUCUAUUUCCUGUUUCAUGCGGCUCUUUCGUUUCGCUUAGCUUAUAUAUUAUGAAAUUGCUUAUAUUUGGUGCUACUGGCCCCACUGGUCUGGAAAUCACUAGAAAGGCUCUAUCGGAAGGCCAUCAAGUGAAUGUGAUGGUACGAUCGCCCGAUAAAUUACACGACGAUAUCAAAGGAAAGGUCAAUGUCUUUCAUGGCGAUUUGACUGAUGAAUCCACUAUGCUAUCCAGUAUGGACGGCGUUCACGCAGUCAUAUCUGCGUUAGGACCACUUGUAGGUAGACAUCCUGCUGGCUUACCGGUCACCAAUGGAUAUAGGCUCAUGAUGGACUGCAUGCGGCAAAAAGGAAUUCGCAGAUUGCUAGCCUUGUCUACGCCAAGUGUUGCAGAUAAAGAAAAUGACCGUUGGAGUUUCUGGACUGCCCUUGGACCUUACGCCGUCAUGCCCUUUCAUAACUCAUAUAAAGACAUCGUCGCUGCCGGUGAAUUGAUACAAAAACAAAAUGACAUCGAUUGGACGCUUUAUCGAGUUGGAUCUUUGCAAAACAGCGAUAAUGAAACCGGUAAACUAAAAGCAAAUUAUGCUGGCGACGCGGGAGUAUUCAUAUAUCGCAAAGACAUUGCCAAAUUCUGCAUCGACGAAGUGGUUGCAAACAACUGGGUCCACAAAUUACCCAUUCUAUCAUCAUCCUAAUUAUUGGUCAUUACAUUAAAAAGAUACAUUCAAUUAAAACACAAACAUGCACCGUACUUGUCGGCUUCGUUGAUGCGUUGUCACGUGGUAAAAGAGGGACAUAAAUCGAGAUCGAAGUAAUCGACAACGAUAUGGGCUGUAUUGGCGCCCGAUAGAUUGAUGUUUCAUCGAGUACUUUGAAACCUGAAAGCGAUCAACAAUUUCAAGGACUAUCAGUAACCAUUACGACAACCUGGCUAAAUGACUCGUUGUUAUUCAUGUUGCUUAUGGUCGUAAAAAUCCCUCUCUCAUGUAUGAUCCUAGUACCAUAAAAAUAGACGGUUGGAUGA